AUGUCCGGAUUGAGCUCACCGAGAAGUCCUCCAAGCAGGCGGUACCAGACGCCACUGCCUUUUGGCAAUGAAGUCUUACUGCACGACCAUGCGAGAAGAAGAUCUCAACGGCAGGACAGCUACACAGACGAUUUUUCCUCGAUGCAGCGAAAACGGACCAACUCACUCACCGCCGCUUCGCUCAAGGCCAAGUCAAGUCGCGAGCACUUCAGCCAGAGAAAUGGCAAUCUAGACGACUACAUGGCCAUGCAGCGUGCCAACCCAAUCAUCGCUCCUCCUCUCGAGCAACGGAGGAGUCAUGAUACAAGCAGAAGCAGCGACUCAUCUUACAGCAGGGAAGCUGCUGUCGCAACCGAUUCCUGGCUGCCCUACAAACGACCCGAGCGUAACGAUCUCAAAAGGCUGGUUGCAGAGUUCGACCUGCUUGAGCAGUCUUCUUCCUCCUCGUCCAAUGGUCAAAGUGAUGUUUCUACAGCUUCUACUGUGACUCCUCUGACCGAACCCUCUUCGAGAUACAGUCCACCGAAGCCUGCUCAUCAGCGGGUACACACCCGCCAGAGUUCUUCAGCAAGCUCUAUACCACAACUCAUCCCACAACGAAAAGAACUAUACCACGAACCCCCGCCCGUCGAACCUCCUCCCGCUGAAUAUAACCCACCUAAGCCCAGACAACGAUCAGUAUCCGCCCAAAGAUGGAGCCCACCUCAGUCACAUCGUGCAAGAUCAGGAAGUGUGCAGCCGCCUACGCAAAACCGUGUAAUGGAGCAAUUCCCACCACUUCCACUAGACGAUCCUCUGAAUGCACCACCACCUGUACCAAGGCGAAGUGAAGAUCGGGCGCGGCCCCCACCAGCAGGAGGCCACAAUGUUGUGCGACCACCAAGAUUCAACGGCAGAUCAGAAGAUAUGCGAACUCCUGUGCCACGCGACAGUCUGGACAAGGGUCGAUCGUCAUUUUUCAGUAACAGGCCAGAAGACGUGCGCCCAGUCCUACCAGCUAAAGAACCAGUCCAGGCGCAGCCACUCGUGCCAGCCGAUAUUCCCCACCAGCCACGACCACGUAUGCCUGGUAGGCCACGACUCAGCUUCGAGGGACCAUUGUCUCCUGUUUCAAUCGAGCCCGAAGACCCGCCAAGAGAUCGAGGUUACCCGAACCCACGAUCGCCUGAGCCUCGCCACGCCACGGCAUCACUCAUGAAUGCGGCAGCAACUUAUGUGUCACCAUCCUCUGAGGACGAGACUCCAAAGGAUGAGGCACCAGCACCUUACAUGCCAGCGUCACGAUCUCGCCGUCGUGCUUCUACGCCCAACAAGAAGAACGGAUACACUGUCUCAAGGCGAAGAGCUGCCUCAGCCUGGAGACCUCCCAGCGUGUGGUACGAGAACGUCGAAGGUGUCACACUUUCCACAAGGCCAAAGAGCGCCAGAGAGCACCGAUUAGGCCUCAACAUCCCCGAGAUCGAAGCUCGCGACAUCCUAGACAUCCCACCACGAGGCAGAAGACGCCCAGACGAAGAAGACUACCAGUCUGAAUCCGCAGAGCAAGACCGACACUACGCUCGCUCCCCACCACCAAUCGGCGCAGCAGCUCACUACGUCCGCAGCAUCUCGCCCAAGCCUGUGACCGAAGCACGAGAGCACAUCUUCCUCGACAACUACUCCCGCGCCGGCCCAGAAGAACCAUCCACCCUGCGCUACGACUUCCCUCGCAUCAAACGUCCCGCAGCAGAACGCUCAGGCGCCCAGGCCAUCGACGCCCCCGAACCAAUCCAAGAAAUGCCCCAACACGAAGAAGACUUCUCCGACGACGGCGGCGCCGAACCCCCCGACAUCGCCCGCAUGCGAGCCAUGGAGCAGCAAGACGCAGACAUGAAAUCCCGCACUGACCAGAUCCGCGGCCUCCUAGGCGGCAUGCUCAAGACCUUUCACGCCAACAAGAAAAAAGAUGAUCCUUCUUCUCAGAGUCACUCUCACACUCAUUCCCAUAAAACAACAUCUCCACCCGCCCCCACCACCAAAAGCCCCAGCACCGAAAACAACCGCCACCAACUCAUCGCCAAAGGUCUCGGCCCAACUCCCCGCGAAACCCCAACCCCCUACCAACGCCGCCCCAUCCAAGAAUCCGCUCCAGGCUACCUCUUCGAAGACGUCGACGGUGAAGCCGGUGUGAAAGAUGACGCCGACGAAGAAGAAGAAGAAGAGGCACAAGCGCAGUAUACGACGAGAUCAAGUAGUCGCGACACAAGCAUUUGGUCGCCUCCUAGAGCGACCAGGCGUGAUUCUGAGGAGGACGGUAGUAUUUAUCAGGAAGGGAGAACAAAGAGGGUGUCGUUUUAUGGGAAUGAGGAGAAGGAGUAUGCUUCGGUGCCGGGGGUAGGGAUGGGGCAUGGUUCGACUUUUGCGAGUUUGGGGGGGCCGAGGUGA